ACGUCAUUGCGCGACCGCAGCUGUUGGGCGGGGACAGGUGGAAGAAAGGGGAGGAGUCUUCUGAAGAGCGCUGUUUGACAAUAGAAGGCCUGCGGCCGGUGUCCGGUCGGAGACAUGAGCACCAAACACGUGACGUGCCGGUAUUUCAUACAUGGCGUGUGUCGGGAAGGAAACCGCUGUCUGUUCUCACAUGACAUGGCAAACAGUAAACCGUCUUCAAUCUGCCGAUUCUACCAAAAAGGACAGUGCGCCUACGGAUCCCGCUGUAGAUAUGAUCACGUCAAGCCUUCAAGCCCUUUAGUUACUUAUCCUCAAGAUGUCCCAGCAGCCAUGGCGGACGCCCCUCCCAUGUCAGCAUCUGCAGUGGAAACUCCUCCGGUUGUCACCAAGGGCACCCCACAGAAGCGUGAGAAGAAGUCCAUUGUUUUGAGAGAUCGUGAUCUAUGUGGACAGACAGACGACAAAAACAGAGUCGAUCCAGUUGACAACCCACAAUCUUGCAGCGAAGCACAAGGCGGCGAUGAGUUAGUAAAGCCACAUUCUUACCUUGAAGCCAUCUGUACUGGAUUAGAAGACGUGGAAACAGCCGCCCCUUAUGAAGACCCAUACCAGCUUUGUCCCUAUGCAGCUGCUGGGACAUGUCACUAUGGGGAAAGCUGUGUCUAUAUCCAUGGAGAUGUGUGUGAAAUCUGCAGUCUGCAAGUACUUCAUCCCUAUGACCAGGAACAGAGAAAAUCCCACGAAAAGUUGUGCAUGGCGAACUUUGAACACGAGAUGGAAAAGGCUUUUGCUUUCCAGGCCAGUCAGGAUAAAGUCUGCAGUAUCUGCAUGGAGAUUGUGUAUGAAAAAGCUUCCCCCUCUGAGCGAAGGUUUGGGAUCCUGUCGAACUGCUGUCAUACGUAUUGCCUCUCCUGCAUCAGACAGUGGCGAUGUGCCAAACAGUUUGAGAACCCGGUUAUAAAGUCAUGUCCAGAAUGCCGUGUCAUAUCGGAGUUUGUGAUCCCCAGCAUAUACUGGGUAGAAGAUCAGUGCAAGAAGGAUGAACUUAUUGAGGCUUUUAAGCAAGGAAUGGGUAAGAAAGCAUGCAAGUAUUUUGAUCAGGGACGUGGCACCUGUCCAUUUGGGGGUAAGUGCAUGUACCUGCAUGCAUACCCUGAUGGUACUAAAGCAGAUCCAGAGAAACCAAGAAAACAGCUUGGAUCCGAAGGCACAGUGAGGUUCUUCAAUGCAGUCAGGCUAUGGGACUUUAUCCAAGAUCGAGAAACUCGCAGUGCCCCCACCACCGAUGAUGAAGUGGCUGAGCUUGGAGAUCUGUUCAUGCAUCUGUCAGGAGCCGACCAGCAAGACGCCUCCUCCUCUUCUUCUACCUGAAAUGUGUUUAUUAGAGAGUAUAGAAUAGAGGCUGUAUGGGAUUAGUGUGAUGAUGAUGAUGAUGGCUGAACCAAGUGUCCUUUCCUCCAAGAAAAUAAAACCGAGCCGCUCUGUGAUCUUGUCCCAAGUCUGGGAGUCUCACCCUGUCAGGUUCUUACAUAGCCGGUCAAUAUUUUGUAUUUAGUACAUAUGAUAAUGUAAAAAGAAAGCUGCCCUGAAGA